GAAAUUCUCAUCUUUAGUUAUAACUCAGACACAUUCUAUAAAGUUCUGUCGGCCUUUGGGAUACUGCAGACGAUAUUUUGGAUCAAUUUGUCAUCCUUGUCUCUGGUUGAGGUAAAGUCAGAUAGAGAUGUAUCAUUUUUGUCGGAAUUUCAGCAGAAACAUAAAAAUAAACUGGCUGGGGGAAUAAUAUUGCUAGGUUGGGGAAUAAUUUUUAUAACUUUCUUGUUUUUCUCUCUGAUGUACCCACUAAGAACAGUGAAAAAGAUAGCAUUACUGAAAAAUAACAAAGAAAUUCAACUAUUCACUUAUUCUUUCUUUGGAAAAACUCGUAGUUUAAAAGUGAAUCUAGAUGAUAUCAGUUGCAAACAGUCGAGGGAGGCCAAGGGUAGCCAUCUUCCUAUGAAAAUUAGAGGGAAAUUUUUUUAUUUUCUACUUGAUAAAAAAUCAGGAACUUUUCAUGAGCCCAAAUUAUUUGACCAAGUUGUCGGACUCAAUAGAUCACUU